AUGAAGUUGGCGGCUCUGUUUCUGUUUCUGCUGCUGUUCCGUUUGUCUCCAGUCAGCCAGGGACAGACGGAGGCUUCUGCCCCCCAGGAGGACGACGUCAGGACGGGGGUGGGGGAUGUCAGGAUGGGGGUGGACGUCUCCACAGAGAUCCCGGUCCUCUGGGAUGAGCUGCUGGGUUUGAAGGAGCUGGUCCUCAGCCUGAGGUCGGUGGCGGUGCUGCAGCGUUUAGAGCUGAGGAGCAUGGAGAGCCGGCUGAGGGACGGGGAGCUGGAGGCCGUGGAGCAGAGGGAUGAGAUGGAGAGGGUGGAGGUGAAGACGGAGGCUGACGGGAAGCUGCUGAUGGAGCUGAACUCAGAUCUCAGGAGGAAGGUGGACGAGCUGGAGGAGCAGAACAAAGUUCGAGAUGUCGAGUUUUCAUCGCUUCAGUUGAGACUGAACACGAGUGAGGGCUCAGUGGACGACCUGAAGGAGAAAAGUUCAGCUCUGGUAGAGGAGAUGCCUCUCCUGCAGACGAGACUGAGGGCGAGUGAGAGCACGGUGGAGCAUCUGAGGAGGAAGGUGGAGGAGCUGGAGGAGCAGAACAAAGUUCGAGUCCUCGAGUUUUCGUUGCUUCAGUGCAGACUCAACACGAGCGACAGUUCAGUGGACGACCUGAAGGAGAAACAUUCCGAUCUGAGGAGGAAGGUGGAGGAGCAGGACGAGCAGAACAAAGUUCAAGCCGUCAAGGUUUCAUCGCUUGACUUCAGACUGAACACGAGUGAAAGUUCAGUGGACGACGUGAAGAAGAAAAGUUCAGAUCUGAAGACGAAGGUGGAAGAGAUAGAGGAGCAGAACAAAGGUAGAGGUUCUAUAUGUUGUGAAAGAAAUGCUCUGUGA